GCCUGAAAUGUGCAGAUGCCCCCUGUCAGAAGAGCUGUCCAACACAUCUGGAUAUUAAGUCAUUCAUCACAAGUAUCGCAAACAAGAACUAUUAUGGAGCUGCUAAGAUGAUUUUUUCUGACAACCCACUUGGUCUGACUUGUGGAAUGGUAUGUCCAACCUCUGAUCUCUGCGUAGGUGGAUGCAAUUUAUGUGCCACUGAAGAGGGACCAAUUAAUAUUGGUGGAUUGCAGCAGUUUGCUACUGAGGUGUUCAAAGCAAUGAAUAUCCCACAGAUCAGAAAUCCUUCCCUGCCUCCCCCAGAAAAGAUGUCUGAAGCUUAUUCUGCAAAGAUUGCUCUUUUUGGUGCUGGGCCUGCAAGUAUAAGUUGUGCUUCAUUUUUGGCUCGAUUGGGGUACUCUGACAUCACUAUAUUUGAAAAGCAAGAAUAUGUUGGUGGUUUAAGCACUUCUGAAAUCCCCCAGUUCCGGCUGCCAUAUGAUGUAGUGCAUUUUGAGAUUGAGCUUAUGAAGGACCUUGGUGUAAAGAUAAUUUGUGGCAAAAGCCUUGCAGUGAAUGAAAUGACUCUCAGAACUUUGAAAGAAAAAGGCUUCAAAGCUGCCUUCAUUGGAAUUGGUUUGCCGGAACCCAACAGAGACCACAUCUUCCAAGGCCUGACACAGGACCAGGGCUUCUAUACGUCCAAAGACUUUUUGCCACUUGUAGCCAAAGCCAGUAAAGCAGGAAUGUGCGCCUGUCACUCUCCAUUGCCAUCCAUACGGGGAGCUGUGAUUGUACUCGGAGCUGGAGACACUGCCUUUGACUGCGCUACGUCCGCCCUGCGCUGUGGCGCUCGCCGCGUGUUCGUCGUCUUCAGAAAAGGCUUUGUUAAUAUAAGAGCUGUCCCUGAGGAGAUGGAACUUGCUAAGGAGGAGAAGUGUGAAUUUUUGCCUUUCCUCUCCCCACGGAAGGUGAUAGUGAAAGGUGGAAAAAUUGUUGCUAUGCGGUUUGCUCGGACAGAGCAAGAUGAAGCUGGAAACUGGACAGAGGACGAAGAUCAGAUGGUCCAGCUGAAGGCCGACGUGGUCAUCAGUGCCUUUGGCUCAGUUCUGAGUGACCCUAAAGUAAAAGAAGCCUUGAGCCCCAUAAAGUUUAACAGAUGGGGUCUCCCUGAAGUAGAUCCAGAAACCAUGCAGACCAGCGAGCCCUGGGUGUUUGCCGGGGGGGACGUUGUGGGCAUGGCCAAUACCACGGUGGAGUCAGUGAACGACGGGAAGCAAGCGUCCUGGCACAUUCACAAGUACCUGCAGUCGCUGUAUGGAGCAUCUGUGUCUGCUGAGCCCGCGCUGCCCCUUUUCUACACGCCUGUGGACAUGGUGGACAUCAGCGUGGAAUUGGCUGGUCUGAAGUUCAUGAAUCCCUUUGGUCUUGCUAGUGCAACUCCAGCCACCAGCACAGCCAUGAUUCGGCGAGCUUUUGAAGCUGGGUGGGGCUUUGCCCUGACCAAAACUUUCUCUCUUGAUAAGGACAUCGUGACCAAUGUUUCACCUAGAAUCAUCCGGGGAACCACCUCUGGCCCAAUGUAUGGCCCUGGGCAAAGCUCCUUCCUGAAUAUUGAGCUCAUCAGCGAGAAGACAGCUGCAUAUUGGUGUCAAAGUGUCACUGAACUAAAGACUGACUUUCCAGACCAUAUUCUGAUUGCUAGCAUCAUGUGCAGCUACAACAAAAAUGACUGGAUGGAACUCUCCCACAUGGCUGAGGCUUCUGGAGCAGACGCCCUGGAGUUAAAUCUGUCAUGUCCACACGGCAUGGGGGAGCGAGGAAUGGGCUUGGCCUGCGGGCAGGAUCCAGAGCUGGUACGAAACAUCUGUCGCUGGGUGAGGCAGGCUGUGCAGAUUCUUUUUUGCCAAGUUGACCCCGAAUGUCACUGA